AUGGCGGAGGGGCCCCGGGGCGCCCCGCCGCCGGGCUCGCCGCGCCCCGCCCCGCCGCUGCCCAACGGGCCCCGCGGCGGCGGCGGCGGCGGCGGCGGCAGCCCCGGCUCGGGCUCGGGCAGCAGCAGCCGCGAGGACUCGGCGGAGCGGAGCCCCGCGCCCGCCGCGCCCCGCGCCAGCAUCAUGAAGGAUGGCUCUCGGCAGCGGCCCGUGCAGAAGAAGAAGACGGUGUCCUUCAGCACCAUGCCCAAUGACCGGAAGAUCAACAGCACGGCCGCCUGCAUCUCCUUCAUGCUGGAAGGCUGCGAGCUGAAGAAGGUACGCUCCAACUCCCGCAUGUACAGCCGCUUCUUCGUGCUGGACUCGGACAUGCGCUCUGUGCGCUGGGAGCCUUCCAAGAAGGACUCGGAGAAGGCCAAGAUUGAGAUCAAGUCAGUCAAAGAGGUGCGUGUGGGUAAGAAGACCCCCAUCCUACGCAGCAAUGGCCUCUCUGACCAGUUCCCAGACGAAUGUGCCUUCUCUAUCAUCUAUGGAGAGAACUACGAGUCCCUGGACUUAGUGGCUAGCUCGGCCGACGUGGUGAGUGCGUGGGUGAUGGGGCUCCGAUACUUGGUGUCCUAUGGGAAGCACACACCCGAGGCACCUGGGACCGGCCACCCCAGCCUUCGGACCUCUUGGAUCUCCUCCGUCUUCGACCUCGCCGAUCUGGAGAAGUCUGGCUGCAUCCCUGUGUCCCGGGCUGUGCAGCUCGUCAAAGCCCUGAACCCAGGCAUGAAGGCUUCUACCAUCGAGCUGAAGUUCAAGGAGCUGCAGAAAGCCAGUGACCGUAUGGGCACAGAUGUUGCCUGUGACCUCUUUGUGGAGGCCUACUGUGAGCUCUGCACCCGGCCAGAGAUCUUCUUCCUGCUGGUGCAGUUCUCCAGCAACAAGGAGUACCUGGGCUUGAAGGAUCUGCUGAUGUUCCUGGAGGUGGAGCAGGGCAUGGAGGGAGUGACAGAGGAGAAGUGCUUGGAGAUCGUCAGCAAGUACGAGCCCUCCAAGGAGGGCCGGGAGAAGGGCUACUUGGCCAUCGACGGCUUCACGCGCUACCUGCUCUCCUCCGACUGCUCCAUCUUUGACCCGCAGCACCGCAAGGUAUGUCAGGACAUGGCGCAGCCCCUCUCCCACUACUACAUCAGCUCUGCCCACAGCGCCUGCCUCCUGGAGGACAACUUCUGGGGCAGCUCGGACAUCAGCGGCUACAUCAGCGCCCUGGGCCUGGGCUGCCGCAGCAUCGAACUGGUGCUGUGGGACGGCCCCGACGGCGAGCCCGUGGUCUACACCAGCCCCUCGGCCGCCUCCUGCGUGCCCUUCCGCACCGUGGUGGGGCUGAUCGACCAGCACGCCUUCGCCGCCUCCGCCUACCCGCUCAUCCUCUGCCUCGUGGUGCGCUGCUCGGCCGCCCAGCAGCGCCUCGCCGCCCAGUGCCUGCGCAAGACGCUGGGCGACAAGCUCUACCUGGAGCCCCCCAACCCCGCCGAGUCCUAUCUGCCCUCCCCGGAGCAGCUCAAGGGCCGCAUCCUCAUCAAGGGCAAGAAGCUGCCGUCCGGCUGUGAGGACAGCGAGGGCGAGGUGUCAGAUGAGGAGGAAGGCUGGGAGCUGGCACGGCGCCUGGGCCAGGAGGACCGGGAGGUGCCGGAGGGAGGUGCCCCGCGCCGGGUGCUCCUCAGCCGGGAGCUCUCGGAGCUGGUGAGCCUCUGCCAGGCCGUCCCCUUCCAGGACUUUGAGAGCUCGCGGCGGGGGCAGCGCUACUGGGAGAUGUGCUCCUUCAGCGAGGUGGAGGCCGGGCGCUUUGCCAACGAGUGCCCCGCGGAGCUGGUGAGCUACAACAAGCGGUUCCUCUCCCGUGUCUACCCCAGCCCCAUGCGCAUCGACGCCAGCAACAUGAACCCGCAGGACUUCUGGAAGUGCGGCUGCCAGAUGGUGGCCAUGAACUACCAGACACCGGGGCUCAUGAUGGACCUGAACGCGGGCUGGUUCCGGCAGAACGGGGCUUGCGGCUACGUCCUCCGCCCUGCCAUCAUGCGGGAAGAGGUGUCCUACUUCAGUGCCAACGCCAAGGACUCCUUGCCGGGGGUGCCUGCCCAGCUCCUGCACCUCAAGGUCAUCAGCGGGCAGAACCUGCCCAAGCCCAAAGGCUCGGGGGCCAAGGGGGAGGUGGUGGAGCCGUACGUGUGCGCUGAGAUCCACGGCAUCCCAGCUGACUGCGCUGAGCACCGCACCAAGACGGCCCUGCAGAGCGGGGACAACCCGGUCUUCGACGAGAGCCUGGAGUUCCAGAUCAACCUGCCGGAGCUGGCCGUGCUGCGCUUCGUGGUGCUGGAUGACGACUACAUCGGCGACGAGUUCAUUGCCCAGUACACCAUCCCCUUUGAGUGCCUGCAGCCUGGCUACCGCCACGUCCCGCUCCAGUCCCUGGCCGGGGAGCCCCUGCCCCACGCCACCCUCUUCGUGCACGUGGCCAUCACCGACCGCCGCGGUGGGGACAAGGGGCACCGCCGGGGGCUCUCGGGGCGCUGCGGCCGCCGCGUGCGGGAGUACACCUCCACCAAGGCCACUGGCAUUAAGGCCAUCGACGAGGUCUUCCGGACGGCCACCCAGCCGCUGCGGGAGGCCACCGACCUGCGGGAGAACGUGCAGAACGCGCUGGUCUCCUUCAAGGAGCUGUGCGGCCUGACGCCCGCCGCCAACAUGAAGCAGUGCAUCAUCACGGUGGCGGCGUGGCUGCUGCACAGCGACAGCGCGCCCAGCGUCACCCUCAACCUGGCCGAGCGGUACCCCGCCAUGGAGGCCCAGGGCCCCAUCCCCGACCUGCUGCGCAAGGUCCUCACCGCCUACGAGACGAUGAUCCAGACGAGCCGGACGCUGAUCGAGUCUGCCGAUGCCGUGUACGGCAAGCUCAUCCAGGCGCAGCAGGCAGGCAUGGACUUCCACAAGGAGCUGCACCGCAUCGAGGCCAAGGAGGGGCUGCGGGGCCGGAAGCUGCAGAAGGCGCUGGAGAGCUUUGCCUGGAACAUCACCGUGCUGAAGGGCCAGGCGGACCUGCUCAAGCACGCCAAGGCGGAGGCGCUGGACAACCUGUGGCAGAUCCACAACGCGGGGCAGUCCUGCGGCAUCGGCAGGAACGGCUCGGCCUCGCCCGACGCCUCCCGGCUGCGCGCCCCGCUGGAGCCCAUCCCCGAGACAGAAGGAGGCAGCGACGCAGCGUCGUGCUGACCCCGGCGUGGGGCUCCGGGGCCUGGACCCAGCGCUCCCGCAGCACGGCAUCACCCGUGGCCCCCGGCCCGGGGACACCGGCCUGCCCGCUGGCAUUUGGGGACGCGUGGGCAGGGCUCCGCCGUGCCCAUGGGCGGCCGAAGGGCUGCAGCGGGGCCGGCACAGCAGUGAAGCCUCGUGGGGACCGGCUUGGGCCCCAAGCAGGGAGUUCAGGGAAGGACAUCCCUGCUCCCGUCUGUCCUGGUCCCCACAAGCUCCUUCCAUGUCCGUUUCCGGAGGGAUCACGCGGCUGCAGGGCCGGCUGGAGCUGCUGGCACCGCAAUGGCCGUGGGCGUGUGCCCCUGAGCCCGCUGUGCCCGACCUGCCGGCCCCACGGGAAGAUCAGCCCCAUCUCUGGACUCAGGUUUGCUGGUUUUGCCUUUGUAAGCUCCGGGGAAAACCCGCCUGGCUGGUACCGCCCUGGCCCUCGACAGCCGAUCCCCCUGCCCUCGCCAUGGGGCAGCAGGUCGAGUCCCCCGCGGAGUCCCCAGGGCCUGGCUGUGCAGAGGGGCUGUGCCGGCACCCGGGGAGCAGAUGUAGCUUUUGGCAUCAGGGAAAAUGCCCUGGAUUUGCCCCCAGGGUGAGAGAGUCCGGGCAUAGGCCACGAGUGAGGGGCGAUCAGGGGUCGGACUGGGCAGCGCGAGACCCGCGUUAGUGCCCUGCUGCUCCGUCCCCUGCACCCAACGUGGGGGGCUGAGGGCCGGCACGGGGCCCCCGAAGAGCGGGGAGGGGGCACUGGUGGCGCGGGGGGCCGUGCCGGCUCGGGCGCGCAUCGCGGAGCCGUGCAGCCCCGUCUGCGCUUUGUUCGGGAGCGGUAAUUAGCCUAACGGGGCCUGAGCAACGAGCCGGGGAGAUGCUGUCACCUGGGGCCGGGCAGCCGGGAGAGGACCCGCUGCAUCCUGCCGGCGCUGACCUUCCGGCCGCUUUGUGCCCGCCCGGCCGCUGCUUCCUUAGGCAAUUACGGCCUCAUUAGCGCCGGGCUCUGCGGCCGCCAGCGUCCCGCUCCGCAAAUGAGGGGAAAGGCCUGGCUGGUCUCCGAGCUACGGGAACAAAGCGCGCGCGUCUCCCGGAGACCGGCCCCGCUCCCGCCCGGCCCCGCCGCUUCCCGGGGUAUUUUUGGCAGCGCUAUUGUGCUGGGCCCCGCCGCGGCCGGGGGGCGGCUGGGGGGCAGCCCCCUAUAAAGCGCCGUGGCUGGGGCGAGCGGCUCAGGGUGGCUCUGCUCCUCGGCUCCCAGCCGGUCAUGCCCAAGCGCCGCUCGGCCACCUGAAGACACCCAGGAACGAUGGAGGCACCCAACACCAAGGUGGGGACGAGCGGGGGGCGAGCCCCUGGUGGGAGAGCCGGGAGGGAGGCGAUGCCGGGGAGGCUGCAGCGCGGGCAGGGACCCGGGGCCCGGCCCCGCUGGGGGGCACGGUGCACGGCGCUGUGCCACGGGCUGGGCACGGAGGCUGUCGCUGCACGUCCCGCCGUGACCUGCCGUGAGGGAGGACGUUUGCUGCCUCGCGCCGGAGCAGGGCGCGUGUCGCGGCGAGGACACCUGCGGCUUGUCCCUGCGGUGGGAAGGAAAUGCGGUCGGAGCGUGAACGGGACCUUCGUCCGUGGGGCUGGCCGGGGAGCGGGGAGCAGGACUGCAGGGUUCCCCCGUCCCUGGAGGGUGCAGGGCUGCCGGCGCCACAAGUGCUGGAGGGGGAUGCCCCAGGGCUGUUCUCCAGAGAGCUUUUUCCUGGGGCAGCGAGGCAGCAGAGAUGGGAGGCCAGGACCUGCCGUGAGCCCUGUC